AUGGAACAUAGUAAUAGCCCCGUGGAGACGGAUUUCGUGGAAGUGACAUUGGAGGAAGGAAUCUCGGGUUCCGUCAAAGUACACAAAGUUGUUCCACCACCCUACAAGAGCAGCCUUCAAAAGUUCUUCGCCAAGGUCAAGGAAACCUUUUUCCCUGAUGAUCCCCUUCGCCAAUUUAAGGGACAACCUCUUCCCAGAAAACUAAUCCUUGGAGCUCAAUAUUUAUUCCCUUUGCUUCAAUGGGCUCCUACUUACAACCUCAAUCUCUUCAAAUCUGAUCUUAUUUCUGGUCUCACAAUUGCAAGUUUGGCCAUCCCUCAGGGAAUCAGCUAUGCUAAGCUUGCAAAUCUUCCUGCAAUUCAUGGACUCUAUUCUAGUUUUGUUCCUCCCCUUGUGUAUGUUGUUCUUGGAAGCUCAAUGGAUCUUGCAGUAGGACCCGUUUCCAUUGCUUCCCUAGUGCUAGGAUCCAUGAUCAAUGAGGAAGUUUCUGCCACCGAAGAACCUGAUCUCUUUCUCAAAUUAGCCUUGACUUCAACAUUCUUCGCUGGGCUCUUUCAAGCAGCCCUUGGAAUUCUAAGGCUUGGAUUUAUCAUUGAUUUUCUAUCAAAGGCAAUCCUUAUAGGGUUCAUGGGUGGAUCCGCUGUAAUUGUAGGUCUGCAACAGCUGAAGGGUCUUCUCGGAAUCAAACAUUUCACCAGCAAGAUGGCCAUCAUUCCUGUUUUGAGUUCUGUCUUUCACAACAUCGACGAGUGGUCCUGGCAAACAAUAGUCAUGGGGAUUUGCUUCCUCGUGUUUCUGCUAGGUGCAAGACACGUGAGCAUGAAGAAACCAGAGUUAUUCUGGGUCUCAGCUGGUGCUCCGCUUUUGUCUGUCAUCAUUUCUACUGCGCUGGCUUUUGCAAUAAAGGCUCAACGUCAUGGCAUCAGUGUGAUUGGAAAAUUGCCUAGAGGAGUAAAUCCUCCUUCAGCAGAUAAGCUACUCUUUCGAGGUGAUCAUCUGGGUCUGGCCAUCAAAACUGGCCUUAUUACUGGUCUUUUAUCCCUCACAGAAGGAAUUGCAGUUGGAAGAACAUUUGCUACCAUAAGAAACUACAAAGUGGAUGGAAAUAAGGAAAUGAUGGCAAUCGGAUUCAUGAAUGUGGUUGGCUCCACAACAUCCUGCUAUGUUACAACAGGAUCUUUCUCUCGCUCAGCUAUCAAUCACAACGCAGGUGCUAAAACUGGAAUGUCCAACGUUGUAAUGUCUGUGACGGUCUUGGUGACACUGCUGUUUCUCAUGCCAUUGUUCCAAUACACACCAAAUGUUAUAUUGGGUGCAAUCAUAAUAACUGCUGUAAUUGGCCUCAUUGAUAUUUCUUCUGCUUAUCUCAUCUGGAAGAUAGACAAAUUCGAUUUCAUUGUCAUGUUGACAGCAUUCCUUGGUGUCAUUUUUAUCUCUGUCCAAGUCGGCCUAGCUAUUUCAGUCGCAUUAUCAGUUUUAAGGAUACUCCUGCAAGUUACAAGGCCUAAAACAUCAAUGUUGGGGAACAUACCUGCGACAAACAUAUAUAGAAAUAUUCAUCAUUAUAAGGAAGCCAUAAGAGUACCUGGUUUUCUUAUUUUAAGAAUAGAGGCUCCCAUCAACUUUGCAAACAUCACAUAUCUCAACGAGAGAAUAUAUCGGUGGGUAGAAGAAGAACAAGCUACGAUAAACGAAAACGUCUGCCUUCAAUUUCUUAUUCUUGACAUGUCAGCUGUGAGUACCAUAGACACAAGUGGAGUAUCACUUUUCAAGGACUUGAAAAACGCAUUGACAAUGAAGGGUGUUUCGAUUGUGUUGGUGAAUCCUCUAGCUGAGGUGAUAGAGAAGCUGCAAAAAACAGAUGAUGCCCAUCAUUUCAUUCGAGCAGAAUUCCUUUUCUUAACAGUUGGAGAGGCUGUAGCAUCACUUUCAUCAGCAAUGAAGAGACAAACACCAACCGUGCAAGACGCGAGGGGGGAUUUACAAUUGUGA